AUGGCCCAGACCUCAUCCAAUACCUCAGUCGUAUCGAUGCUGGGGAUGAUACCUCAGUGCUCGGUACCAUGCGUCAUGACAACGCUGUUCAAGGACGGCGGCUGUCCAUUAACCACUGCCACAGCUUUAGCAGACUGCGCAUGUACCAACACCACGAUGCAGUCCCAUCUAUCCGCCUGUGUGCAACGUUCCUGCGACUUCGCGGAGCAGAUAGAAGUCACGGUAUUCGCCGGAGGCCUCUGCAAAAGCUAUCCAAAGGAGUCGCGGGUACACGAACUGAAGACCAUCGCUAUCGUUACUAUUGCGCUAUCCAUCCCGUUCCUCAGCUUGCGCCUCUAUUCGCGGUGGCUCAAGACUCGCCAUCUCUGGUCCGAUGACGCGUACGCCAUCAUCGCUGCGGUUCUCCUCGUCGCCGUGUCAGUCAUCAUCCUUCGAAUGUCCCUCAUGGGGUUUGGACUCCAUUAUUGGGACAUACCAGUAGCCCACGGCGUCGAGCUGCUGAAGCUGUACUAUGCCUGCCAGAUGCUCUAUGUUCUGGUGCAAAUCUUCUCCAAAGUUGCCAUCCUGGCGUUGUAUUCCCGGCUCUUUCCACAAUUCAUGGCCUGGUUCCAAUGGACCGUGCGUAUCAUGAUCACUUUCAUGUUUGUCCACGGACUCGUGUUCUUCCUACUCGUUACUUUCCAGUGUCUGCCUAUUGUUUCCAUCUGGAACAAAACCAUUGAUGGGAAGUGCCUUCCUGUCAACGUCGUCAUCGGCUUCACAGGUGCUGGAUUGAGUAUCGUCGAAGAUAUCAUCAUCUUGCUUCUUCCGAUUCAUCCCCUCUGGCAACUGCAGAUGAGCUUCAGGAAGAAGGUUGGAUUGAUCGUUCUCAUCAGCGUUGGGUCGUUCGCAUGCAUCACCAGCAUCGUGCGCCUCAAGUUCGUCCUCAAGUACGCCAACACCUACGACUCAACCUGGGAUAAUGUCGACGUCAUCAAGUGGUCCCUCAUUGAGAUUCUCUCAGCCUGCAUAUGCGGCAACCUUAUGCCUCUACGCCCAAUUGUCGACAAGAUACUGCCCAGCCUUCGCUCUGUCUUCAGCUCUUACUCCAAGGGGUCGCGUAAGAAUUCUGAGAACAGCUCUGAUGGCGUCGCAAAGUCCAAGUGGUAUCGCGUCAACAAGGGCGAUAGGAAACCGAAGCUCAUUUCAACGCUCCAGAUCACUCGAAUGAGCCUGACCCCGCGAUGGGCCAAUGAGGAGGAAAGUGCAACUUGGAUGACAUCACCCUUAGACAAGCCGCUGCCUGCACUCCCAGAGAUGGCGCACAAGGUACAUGAACAUCAUGUCGAAGAGGGAUAUAUGCAUUUGAUAUCGAAUCGAGCUACCAGGGGAAGCUUUGCAUGCACAAUGCGUUCCUCUGAUGACGAGUCUGAGGCAGGCUGGGGUGGUCGUGAGGGCCUCAGUGCACCAGCUCGCGACCACGAAGAGUGCCACUCGGGAUCGUGGAGUCGGGCGCUGAGCAUGAUAUUCGAGCGACGAUAG